AGAUUGACACGAUAUCUAUAUCCAACAGAUCAGCAACUUAGAACAUUAGCUGGUGUUCCAAAAGAGAAACCGAAGAGAGGAAAGUACAAUGAGAAUGGCAAAAUAGGAGAUGUUUUUCAUAUUCCUAGAAAUCUAGAUAUUAAACUUGAAAGUGCAAAAAUAACUACCAUUGAUAUAGUGCACUUGAAAUAUUAUUUGGAAUAUCAGUGGUUACUGGACUUCUCUGUAUAUGCUAUCAUCGUUUAUGUACUGACAGAGGCAUAUAAUUAUUUGUAUCCAAUCAAAGAUGAGAUUAAUCUCAGUGUAUUAUGGUGUAUGGUGGUUUUGGGAUUUGCAUUUAAAGUACUACUUUCUCUUUGGCUACAAUAUUUUAAAGGAGAAGAAAGUAUAGGUGAGAGAUCUACAUGCAUUGUUACUGGAUUUGUAUACCUUUUAAUAGCUAUGAUGAUACUCAUAGUUGAUGAAAAUAAAUUGGAAAUUGGAUUGGAGAAAGCAUACAUAAGCUUUAAUCAUAGUGCUUCACAAUUUUUAGAUACUCAAGGACUUUCUUCGACGGGACCAGCCUCAAAAAUCGUCUUAAAAUUUUUUCUUGCUAUAUGGUGUGGUUUACUAGGAUCUUUAUUUACUUUCCCAGGACUGAGAGUAUCAAAAAUGCAUUGGGAUACAUUAAGGUAUUAUAAAGAUCACAAGUUAUUAUUAUUAAUAGCAAAUAUUAGCUAUGUUUCACCGCUUUUGUUGGUCAGCUUAUGGAUUACACCCAUAAGUAAAGAUUAUUUAACUGUUCGAAUAUUUAGUGGUAUGACAUCUCCUCUAAUGACAGUAGAAAGAUUUGAAAGUUUAAGAUUGAUUAUUAUUAUUGCUGCUGGUUUAUUAAAAAUAGUACUCAUGCCAAUAUAUUUACAAUCAUACUUAAAUCUCGCCAUUCAAAGAAUAGAAAUCCAAAAGAAAGAAGCUGGUAGAAUAACUAACAUUGAUUUACAAAAGAAGGUUUGUGUUAUAACUUGAGUAUAUGUGCGUGUAUAUGUGCGUGUGUGUACGCAUGCGUGUGCAGUAAGGUAAAUUAUACCGAUACAAAAAUCCUCUGCCAUUUUAUAAUUUUUUUAGUUCAGAGAUAUUAAUUUAUAAAGAUUUAUGAGUAUGGAAUAUAUAAAGAUGAAUGAGUAUGUGUUUGUGAUGGCUUCAAGAAGUUCAUUAAUGUCAUAUGCAUUGUUAAAUGUGCUAUGACCAUUUUGGAUAGAAUAAUUUAUUUAUUUAUAGAUAAAGCAUUCAUUUAUAAUAUCAUUUUUAAAUAUCUACUGCGCUCUUGUGCAUGUGUGCGCGCACGUAUACACACAUUUACUUAACUAAACAUCUUAAUUAAAAAUUUUGUAUAUUAUAAAUAUGUAAUAAAGCAAAGGAAAAUGUUUAGAUCA